UCAACAAAGCUGUUGAAGUAUACUAUUUGUUAAAUAUAUAAGUUAUUAUUAGUAAGACCGUUAUUAUUUUAUAGUUUAUAUGUAAUUGUUUUAAUGUUGAACUACGUACGAAAAAUUGAUAUAAUGGUAUAUCCCGUACAAUGGAAUCUCUAGAGCAAGUAGAUGUUCCCUUAAAUUGCGAGCCUGGUGCGAGUACAGAAAGUGCAAUAGUUGUAACUGAUUCAUUUGAUGAAUAUGCGAAAGAAUUGAGCUAUAGAGACAAUGAUUUAACAGAAAAUACAAGUACUAUUAAUAAAAUACAAUCCAAAUGUCAAGACAUCGAAAAUGACGCGACACAAAUUAAUUCUAACUCUGUUGAAAUAACGAUACAGAAUAAUGAACAUAAAGAUUUGCCAGUGGAAGACGAUAGUUCAGUUGUGAUCAGUGAUGAUUAUUUAAGAAAUUCCGAAUGGCUUAGUAAAGAGAAACAUAUUUUCAUCUUAAGUUCUGCAGGUAAACCAAUAUAUGCUAGAUAUGGCAAUGAAGAAAAAUUAGCAACAACAUUUGGUGUUAUGCAAGCCCUGGUUAGUGUGAUACAAUCUAAUAAUGAUAUUGUAAGAUCUGUACGCACAAAAAGUACUGAGUUUGUUUUUCUUGUCAAAGGACCAUUAAUUCUUGUAGCAGUGUCUAAGACAAGAGAAAGCGUUUCACAGAUAAUACUGCAAUUAACGUAUGUUUUCAACCAAAUUAUCAGUAUCCUCACAUUGUCAACAUUAACAAGAAUUUAUGAACAAAGAAGAAAUUAUGAUUUGCGCCGAAUGUUGGCCGGAUCUGAAAGGUUAAUUGACCAUUUAUUGCAUUUUAUGGAACAAGAACCUUCAUUUCUACUUGGAGCAGUUAAAUGUUUACCUUUAGCACUAAAAUAUAGAGAUACUAUUGCAAAUACAAUUACAAAUGUGUGUCAAAAGAUUAAAAAUUUAGUAUUUGCAAUUUUGAUUGCUAAAGAUCAAUUAGUUACAUUAGUGAGAAUGAAGAAAUAUGUUAUUCAUCCAGCAGAUUUGCAUCUUAUAAUAAAUUUAGUACACUGCUCGGAAUCAUUUAAGAGUGCAGAAAGUUGGACACCAAUAUGUUUACCAAAAUUUGAUUCCAGUGGGUUUCUUCAUGGACAUGUAUCAUAUUUAGCUGAAGAUUGCCAAGCAUGUUUGUUACUGUUAACAGUUGAUAGAGAUGUAUUCUUUACUUUAUCUGAAGCAAAGCAAAAAAUUACUGAGAAACUUCGUAGGAGCAACUGUCUUGAGGCAAUUAAUGAAUCAAUGAAUCAGUUUUCUGUAACACCACAAUCCAUUGGAAUCACGGGGAUGAGGCAUUUUUUAUAUAAAUGUAAAUCUACUGCUCAGUUAUUUGGUUCUGCAAUACAGGCACCAUAUAAUUUACCAGGGGAAUUUAAAAGACUAUUUGGGCUAUAUCAAAGAAUGCAUCAUAAAAUUCAUAACAGAGCUCGGCCAUUAAAACUUAUGUACAUGUGCUUACAAAAGGAGACAAUGCUAGUUUGGAUAACUACUGGAUUUGAGUUGUAUGUCACUUUCGAUCUUCUUGUUGAGAAGCAGAAUGCAAUAGAUUCUGUUAAUAAAUUGUUAAAAUGGAUUAAGAAAGAGGAAGAAAGAUUAUUCAUUUUAAAUGCACCCACAUUUUGAAAUAUUUUAUCAAUAUAAUGUUUUAAUUAACAUUUAUUGCUGUUUCAUAUUGUGAAAUGAAGAAAUG